GGUUCCGAUGACAGCGGCGCCGGAAGCCGGCUGGGCUGCUGGACUAGGUGACAGCCUGCGGGCUCCGGGUCCCGGGGUGCGGGGCGCCCCGAUCAAAGCCUGGAGCAGUCGUCGGCCACACCCUCCAAGGGCUGGAGGAGUCGCCCGGACUCAGACGUCCCAUCUUAGUGCACCUGACUGGCACAGAGAGGCCGCCAUGGAACAGUGUGCGUGUGUGGAGAGGGAGCUGGAUAAGGUCCUGCACAAGUUCCUGACCUAUGGGCAGCACUGCGAACAGAGCCUGGAGGAGCUGCUGCACUACGUGGGCCAGCUGAGGGCCGAGCUGGCCAGUGCAGCUCUCCAGGGGACCCCUCUCUCAGCCACCCUCUCCCUUGUGAUGUCCCAGUGCUGUCGGAAAAUCAAAGACACAGUCCAGAAACUGGCUUCAGACCAUAAGGAUAUUCACAGCAGUGUCUCCCGGGUGGGCAAAGCCAUUGACAGGAACUUCGACUCUGAGAUCUGCGGCGUGGUCUCCGAUGCUGUGUGGGACUCCCGUGAGAAGCAGCAGCAGAUCCUGCAGAUGGCCAUUGUGGAGCACCUGUACCAGCAGGGCAUGCUCAGUGUGGCUGAGGAGCUGUGCCAGGAAUCAACACUGAAUGUGGACCUGGACUUCAAGCAGCCCUUCUUGGAGUUGAAUCGGAUCUUGGAAGCCCUGCACGAGCAAGACCUGGGACCUGCACUGGAGUGGGCUGUCUCCCAUAGGCAGCGCCUGAUGGAACUCAACAGCUCACUGGAGUUCAAGCUGCACCGGCUGCACUUUAUCCGCCUCUUAGCGGGAGGCCCCGAGAAGCAGCUGGAGGCCCUCAGCUAUGCCAGGCACUUCCAGCCCUUUGCUCGGCUGCACCAGAGAGAGAUCCAGGUGAUGAUGGGCAGCCUGGUAUACCUGCGGCUGGGCUUGGAGAAGUCACCGUACUGUCACCUCUUAGACAACAGCCACUGGGCCGAGAUCUGUGAGACCUUCACUCGGGAUGCAUGCGCCCUGCUGGGGCUUUCCGUGGAGUCCCCCCUCAGCGUCAGCUUUGCUUCUGGCUGUGUGGCGCUGCCAGUGCUGAUGAACAUCAAAGCUGUGAUCGAACAGAGGCAGUGCACUGGGGUGUGGAGUCACAAGGAUGAGCUGCCGAUUGAGAUCGAGCUGGGCAUGAAGUGCUGGUAUCACUCUGUGUUUGCAUGCCCUAUCCUGCGACAGCAGACCUCAGAUUCCAACCCCCCUAUCAAGCUCAUCUGUGGCCACGUCAUCUCCCGAGAUGCACUCAACAAGCUCAUCAAUGGAGGAAAGCUGAAGUGUCCCUACUGUCCCAUGGAACAGAAUCCAGCAGAUGGGAAACGUAUCAUAUUCUGAUUCCAAGGAACUUUCUGGAAGGUGUCACCUACCCAUGGGCCUUGGCUUGCCUUGGUAGAAGGACUGGCUUCAGUGGAUCGUGAUGCCCCUCAGACCAGCACUACCAAGAGGCCCAGGCUGCCAGGCAGAAGCCAAGGGAAGGCCGUGAACCAGCUUAUGCUUCCUUGGCUGUAAGGGGACUAGCUGCUGUGUUCUGCUAUCUUUCUGUUUACACUUGGCUCUGACUAAGUAGCAAAGGCCUUGGCCACCAAAAGCAGACAUCUUUCUACUCCCUCAAACCAGGGGAUUCCAGCUAUGGCCACCUCCCACUGUACAGUCUUAGCUGUAUGUAUCCAUUCUCCACUGUAAAUAGCCCGUUAGAACUGAAUGCUGUUUUAUAACUUUGAGCAAAUAUAUUCACAGCCCUUCUCCUUA